CGAAGUUGAGGCCAUCCAGGGCUACCAGGUUCUGCCCAAGGAUGUUACCGCUGAGAUUGGCAGCAUCAAGCUGUUCAACAAGUGGGUUCGUAAACCCGACGACUUUAUCGAGUCGACUUCUAGGCGCGAGGAACAAUGGGGCUGACGAUAUUUUUACAGGCUUACGAUGAGGUUGAGGUCCGCGAUAUCUCUUUGACCGAUUACAUCCAGAUCCGUGCCCCAGUCUACAUCUCCCACUCCGCUGGCCGUUACGCCGCAAAGCGCUUCAGGAAGGCACAAUGCCCGAUCAUCGAGCGUCUCACCAACUCUCUCAUGAUGAACGGCCGCAACAACGGAAAGAAGCUCAUGGCUGUCCGCAUCGUCGCCCACGCCUUUGAGAUCGUCCACAUCAUGACCGACCAGAACCCCAUCCAAGUCGCCGUCGAUGCCAUCGUCAACUGCGGACCUCGCGAGGACUCCACCCGUAUCGGAUCCGCCGGUACCGUCCGUCGUCAAGCCGUCGAUGUCUCCCCUCUCCGCCGUGUCAACCAGGCCAUCGCUCUCCUCACAAUCGGUGCCCGCGAGGCCUCUUUCCGCAACGUCAAGUCCGUCGCUGAGUGCUUGGCUGAGGAGCUGAUCAACGCUGCCAAGGGAAGCAGCAACUCGUACGCCAUCAAGAAGAAGGACGAGUUGGAGCGUGUUGCCAAGUCCAACAGAUAAAUAUUGUCUCGUUUUCCUGGGCAUGGAUGGAGUGGAACGGAUGGGUUUUGCAUGUUUUCGAGCUUUGUCUUUAUGGGGCUAUGCAAGGAUGCAGAAUGUCACGUAGAUUGCUCAUUUGAAUGCUACACUCAUGAAACAAACAUACUUAGCACCUGUACCAUUCUGAG